UUGAAUAACCGCCUAAGCACACCGCCUCUGAGUUUUGUAUAUAACUACUACUCGUUUCCCUUGAUAAAGAAAAAAACAAAAAGCGACUCUGUUCAGCGUUUGGAUUCGAAAACACGAGCCAUGUCGAGCAACAACGAUGGUAUGCUCGAAGAGAAGUCUCGUAGAUGGACGCAGCUAAACUCGAAACGCUAUGGAGACAACAAGAGGAGGUUCGGACACGUGGAGACUCAAAAGGAAGACAUGCCUCCUGAGCACGUCAGGAAGAUCAUCAAGGACCACGGCGACAUGUCAUCGAAGAAAUUCACCCACGACAAACGCGUAUACCUAGGAGCACUCAAGUUCGUCCCUCACGCCGUCUUCAAGCUCCUUGAGAACGUGCCGAUGCCCUGGGAGCAGGUCCGUGACGUGAAGGUUCUGUACCACGUCACGGGAGCCAUCACGUUCGUGAACGAGAUCCCGUUGGUCGUGGAGCCUAUCUACAUGGCUCAGUGGGGAACCAUGUGGAUCAUGAUGCGGAGGGAGAAGCGGGACCGUCGCCACUUCAAGAGAAUGAGGUUUCCUCCCUUUGAUGACGAGGAGCCUCCUCUUGACUACUCGGAUAACUUGCUUGACGUGGAGCCUCUUGAACCGAUUCAGAUGGAGCUAGACGAGGAAGAAGAUUCCGCUGUGUACGCUUGGUUUUACGACCACAAGCCGCUUGUAAAGACCAAACUCAUCAACGGUCCUAGCUACAGGAGGUGGAAUCUCUCGCUUCCGAUUAUGGCGACGCUUCACAGGCUUGCGGGACAGUUGCUGUCUGAUAAUUUAAUCGAUCGGAACUACUUCUACUUGUUUGACAAGGAGUCUUUCUUCACAGCGAAGGCUUUGAACAUGUGUAUACCCGGCGGUCCUAAGUUUGAGCCUUUGUACAGAGAUAUGGACCAAGGGGAUGAGGAUUGGAAUGAGUUUAAUGACAUCACGAAGCUUAUCAUUCGCUCACCUUUGAGAACUGAAUACAGAAUAGCUUUUCCUCAUUUGUAUAAUAAUAGGCCGAGGAAGGUUAAACUAGGUGCGUAUCACAGCCCUAUGGUCAUGUAUAUAAAGACCGAGGAUCCUGAUCUUCCUGCUUUUUAUUAUGAUCCGUUGAUUCACCCAAUAAGCAGCAAUACUAAUAAAGAAAGGCGGAAAAGGAAAGUUUAUGAUGAUUAUGAUGAUGAGGAAGAGGAGGAUGAUUUUACGUUACCCGAAGGAGUGGAGCCUUUGCUAAAGGACACACAACUCUAUAGUGAAACUACAUCUGCUGGAAUCUCUUUGUUGUUUGCGCCACGGCCUUUCAACAUGAGGUCUGGGAGGACGCGGCGGUCCGAAGAUAUCCCACUGGUGUCAGAGUGGUUCAAGGAGCACUGUCCUCAGUCUUAUCCUGUUAAAGUUCGGGUCAGCCACCAAAAGCUCUUGAAAUGCUACGUGUUGAACGGUCUGCACAGUAGACCACCUAAGUCUCACAAGAAGAAGCAUUUAUUCCGCUCUCUCGCGGCUACAAAGUUUUUCCAAAGCACCGAACUGGACUGGGUCGAAGCGGGUCUGCAAGUCUGCCGGCAAGGGCAUAACAUGCUGAAUCUGCUGAUUCACCGCAAGGGUUUGAACUACUUGCAUCUCGACUACAACUUCAACUUAAAGCCAGUGAAGACUUUAACCACCAAAGAGAGGAAGAAGUCGCGUUUCGGGAACGCUUUCCAUCUCUGCCGGGAGAUCCUCCGCCUGACGAAGCUUGUAGUCGAUGCAAACGUCCAGUUCCGCCUCGGUAACGUAGACGCCUUCCAGCUGGCUGACGGGCUUCAGUAUAUUUUCUCCCACGUCGGCCAGCUGACGGGCAUGUACCGUUACAAGUACAGACUCAUGAGGCAGAUCAGGAUGUGCAAGGACUUAAAGCACUUGAUAUAUUACCGUUUCAACACCGGUCCCGUUGGUAAAGGACCAGGGUGUGGCUUCUGGGCUCCUAUGUGGAGGGUGUGGUUGUUUUUCCUACGAGGAAUAGUUCCUCUUCUCGAACGAUGGCUAGGGAACCUUCUCGGCCGUCAGUUCGAGGGGCGUCACUCUAAAGGAGUUGCGAAAACCGUCACGAAGCAGAGAGUCGAAAGCCAUUUCGAUCUGGAGCUUCGAGCUGCCGUCAUGCACGACGUUCUUGAUGCAAUGCCGGAAGGUAUCAGGAAAAAUAAAGCCAAGACGAUAUUACAACACCUUAGUGAGGCGUGGCGGUGCUGGAAAGCUAAUAUUGCUUGGAAGGUCCCUGGUUUGCCCGUACCUGUUGAGAAUAUGAUUCUUCGUUAUGUUAAGUCUAAGGCUGAUUGGUGGACGAACGUUGCUCACUACAACCGUGAGAGGAUCAGAAGAGGUGCUACAGUUGAUAAGACUGUUUGUAAGAAGAAUCUAGGAAGGCUGACUCGUCUUUGGCUAAAGGCGGAACAGGAACGGCAGCAUAAUUAUCUGAAAGAUGGUCCGUAUGUGACUUCGGAGGAAGCAGUGUCGAUUCAUACGACCACUUUUCAUUGGCUGAAGUCAAGGAAGUUCUCUCCGAUUCCGUUCCCUCCACUGUCAUACAAACACGACACGAAGAUUCUCAUCCUGGCGCUUGAGAGGCUGAAGGAAUCAUACGGUGGUGCUGUGAGGUUGAACCAGCAGCAGCGAGAGGAGCUUGGUCUGAUUGAGCAAGCUUACGACAACCCUCACGAAGCUCUGACGCGUAUCAAACGUCUUCUCCUCACGCAGCGUAACAUGAAAGAGGUUGGGAUACAGUUUAUGGAUCUAUACAGCUACUUGAUUCCAGUGUACGAGAUAGAUCCUCUGGAGAAGAUUACAGAUGCUUAUCUUGAUCAGUACUUGUGGUACGAGGCUGAUAAGCGCGGCUUGUUUCCGAACUGGAUCAAGCCAGCAGACUCUGAGCCGCCGCCGCUUCUGGUUUACAAGUGGUGUCAAGGUAUCAAUAACUUGCAAGGCGUAUGGGACACGAGUGAUGGGCAGUGUGUGGUGAUGCUCCAGACCAAGUUCGAAAAGCUCUUUGAGAAGAUUGAUAUUACUAUGUUGAACAGGCUUCUCCGUUUGAUUCUUGACCACAAUCUUGCAGAUUACAUGUGCGCCAAGAACAACGUGCUUCUGGCUUACAAGGAUAUGAGUCAUACCAACUCUCACGGUCUGAUCAGAGGACUCCAGUUUGCGUCGUUUGUCGUUCAGUUUUACGGACUGUCUCUUGAUCUCUUGCUUCUCGGUUUGACUCGAGCUAAUGAGAUCGCUGGACCGCCGCAGACGCCUAACGAGUUUAUGACGUUUUGUGAUACAAAAGUGGAGACGUGUCAUCCCAUAAGGAUGUACGCUCGGUACAUAGACAGAGUUCAUAUAGUGUUUAAAUUUACACACGAGGAGGCACGUGAUCUUAUCCAGCGGUAUCUCACGGAGCAUCCCGAUCCCAACAAUGAGAACAUGGUGGGAUACAAUAACAAAAAGUGCUGGCCAAGAGAUGCGAGGAUGAGGCUGAUGAAACACGAUGUUAAUCUCGGUAGAAGCGUGUUCUGGGGCAUUAAGGACAUUCUGCCUCGGAGCAUCACGACUUUGGAGUGGGAGAAUGGUUUCGUCUCUGUGUACAGCAAGGAUAAUCCCAACCUUCUCUUCAGCAUGUGUGGGUUCGAAGUUCGGAUACUUCCAAAAAUCAGGACAGCCCAAAGCAAUGCUAAAGAUGGUGUGUGGAAUCUGCAGAAUGAACAGACCAAGGAGAGGACUGCGGCUGCGUUUCUCCGGGUCGACGAUGAGCACAUGAAGGCGUUUGAGAAUCGUGUGAGGCAGAUUCUCAUGUCUUCAGGAUCAACAACUUUCACCAAGAUAGUCAAUAAAUGGAACACAGCUCUGAUCGGUCUCAUGACUUACUUUCGCGAAGCCACUGUCCACACGCAAGAGCUUUUGGAUCUUCUCGUCAAGUGUGAGAACAAAAUCCAGACGAGGAUCAAGAUAGGGCUGAACUCAAAGAUGCCUAGCCGGUUUCCUCCCGUUGUCUUCUACGCUCCAAAGGAACUCGGCGGGCUGGGAAUGUUGUCGAUGGGCCAUAUCUUGAUCCCGCAAAGCGACCUCAAGCACAGCAAGCAGACGGACGUUGGUGUAACCCACUUUAGAAGCGGGAUGAGCCACGAGGAAGACCAGCUCAUACCAAACUUGUACCGUUAUAUACAGCCAUGGGAAAGCGAGUUUAUCGACUCGCAGCGCGUGUGGGCAGAGUACGCUUUAAAGAGACAAGAAGCACAAGCCCAAAACAGGCGUCUUACAUUAGAAGAUCUUGAAGACUCUUGGGAUAGAGGGAUCCCUCGUAUCAACACACUGUUUCAGAAGGACAGGCAUACUCUAGCAUAUGAUAAAGGCUGGAGGGUGCGGACCGAGUUUAAGCAGUACCAAGUCCUGAAACAAAACCCAUUCUGGUGGACACACCAGAGGCAUGACGGGAAGCUGUGGAACUUGAACAACUACCGAACCGAUGUUAUACAAGCUCUCGGAGGCGUAGAGGGUAUCCUCGAGCAUACCCUCUUCAAGGGGACUUACUUCCCAACGUGGGAGGGUCUUUUCUGGGAGAAGGCGUCUGGUUUCGAGGAGUCGAUGAAGUACAAGAAGCUGACGAACGCACAGAGGUCUGGUCUUAACCAGAUUCCGAAUAGAAGAUUCACUCUCUGGUGGUCUCCGACGAUUAACCGGGCGAAUGUUUACUUGGGUUUCCAGGUGCAGUUGGACCUGACGGGAGUGUUCAUGCAUGGAAAGAUUCCUACGCUGAAGAUAUCUUUGAUUCAGAUAUUCCGUGCUCAUUUAUGGCAAAAGAUCCACGAGAGUGUUGUCAUGGAUCUUUGCCAAGUGCUGGACCAUGAGCUGGAGGCUUUGGAGAUAGAGACUGUCCAGAAGGAGACUAUUCAUCCGAGGAAGAGUUACAAGAUGAACAGUUCUUGCGCUGAUGUACUUCUAUUCGCUUCAGGUAAAUGGCCAAUGUCCAAACCUAGCCUGCUCGCCGAGUCGAAAGACGCCUUCGACCAGAAGGCGAGUAACAAGUACUGGAUCGAUGUGCAGCUUCGAUGGGGAGAUUACGACUCCCACGAUAUCGAGCGUUACACCAGGGCUAAGUUUAUGGACUACACAGCGGAUAGCAUGUCUAUCUAUCCGUCUCCGACGGGUGUAGUGAUUGGGAUUGAUCUGGCGUAUAACUUGCAUUCAGCGUUUGGUAAUUGGUUCCCUGGUUCGAAGCCUCUUGUGACUCAAGCGAUGAACAAGAUUAUGAAGGCGAAUCCGGCUCUACACGCGUUGAGGGAUAGGAUAAGGAAAGGUUUGCAGUUGUACUCGUCCGAGCCCACGGAGCCGUACUUGUCGUCUCAAAACUAUGGGGAGAUAUUCAAUAAUCAGAUUAAGUGGUUUGUUGAUGAUACUAAUGUCUACCGCGUCACGAUUCACAAGACUUUCGAGGGGAAUCUAACGACUAAGCCGAUCAACGGUGCGGUUUUUGUUUUCAAUCCGAGAACUGGACAGCUGUUUUUGAAGGUUAUCCACACGAGUGUUUGGGCUGGUCAGAAGCGUUUGGGACAGUUGGCGAAGUGGAAAACUGCUGAAGAGGUUGCUGCGCUUGUGAGGUCUCUACCUGUUGAAGAACAGCCGAAGCAGAUCAUUGUCACACGUAAAGGAAUGCUGGAUCCGUUAGAGGUUCACUUGCUUGACUUCCCAAACGUUGUUAUCAAGGGAAGCGAGCUUCAGCUUCCGUUCCAGGCUUGUCUCAAGAUUGAGAAGUUCGGCGAUAUGAUUCUGAAGGCGACGGAGCCGAAGAUGGUUUUGUUCAAUAUCUAUGAUGAUUGGUUGAAGAGUGUUUCUUCUUAUACCUGCUUUUCGAGACUUAUUCUGAUCCUACGUGCGCUUCAUGUGAAUAACGAGAAGGCUAAGAUGUUGUUGAAGCCGGACAAGUCUGUUGUCACUGAGCCGCAUCACAUCUGGCCAUCACUCACCGAUGAACAAUGGGUGAAGGUGGAGGUAGCACUAAGAGAUUUAAUCCUUUCUGACUAUGCGAAGAAAAACAACGUCAACACUUCCGCUCUAACUCAAUCGGAGAUGAGAGAUAUUAUUCUAGGAGCUGAGAUCACUCCGCCGUCUCAACAGAGGCAACAGAUAGCUGAGAUUGAGAAACAAGCCAGCCAGGUUAUCGCAGUCACAACGAAAACGAGAAACGUUCAUGGAGACGAGCUCAUCGUCUCCACCGUCACCCCCUACGAGCAAGCAGCGUUUAGCUCCAAGACGGACUGGCGCGUGCGUGCAAUAUCAGCAACCAACCUCUACCUAAGAGUCAACCACAUCUACGUGAACUCAGACGGCGUGAACGAGUCCGGAUACACGUACAUCAUGCCGAAGAACCUCCUGAAGAGGUUCAUAUGCGUAGCGGAUCUCCGCACCCAAAUAGCUGGAUACUUGUACGGUAUCAGCCCUCCGGAUAACCCUCGAGUGAAGGAGAUUCGUUGCGUUGUGAUGGUGCCGCAGCGGGGAAGCUCCCAGGCUGUUCACUUGCCGUUGUCUCUCCCUGAGAAUGAUUUGUUAAACGAUCUCGAGCCCUUGGGGUGGUUGCACACGCAGCCCAACGAGCUCCCGGAGCUCUCGCCGCAGGAUGUUGUCUCUCAUUCACGGAUUCUGGAGAUGAACAAGAAGCAGUGGGAUGGAGAAAAAUGCAUUGUCAUGACGUGUAGUUUUACUCCGGGCUCGUGCUCUUUGACGGCUUAUAAGCUGACUCAAAGUGGAUAUGAAUGGGGACGAGUCAACCAGGACGCAGGUGGGAGGAGCGAUCCUCGGGGUUAUGUUCCAACGCAUUAUGAGAAGGUUCAGAUGCUGUUGAGUGAUCGUUUUCUUGGGUUUUAUAUGGUUCCUGAAAACGGAUCUUGGAAUUAUAAUUUUAUGGGAACUAAGCAUGCGGUGGAUAUGAAGUACAGCGUUAGACUUGGAUACCCGAAGGAGUACUUUGACGUGGAGCAUCGACCUACUCAUUUCUUGGAGUUUAGUAGCAUGGAGGAUGCUGAAAUGGCUGAGGGAGAUCGAGAGGACAUCUUUGGUUGACUUUAUUUCUCUACAAUACACUUUUUGUAGACUUG